AUGGUGCGUCAGCUGCACGACGGUAUGAUGGCGCGAGUCACGGACAACGGAGCUGUCUCAGAGGCAUUCGCAGUGACCAACGGAGUGAAGCAGGGCUGUGUGCUGGCGCCUACCCUCUUCAGUCUUAUGUUUUCUGCCAUGCUGAUGGACGCCUACCGUGAUGAACGUCCCGGGAUCCGCAUCGCCUACAGGACGGACGGUCACCUCCUGAAUCAACUGCGGAUGCACUUCUAA